AUGGCUGAUGAUAAUAUUGAAUUAAACGAUAGCUUUGAAAGGUUGCUGUUACAAAGUGAUGACGAACAUGAUUCUGAUUUAAUGGAAACAAUUCAACAGGACGAAUCUGAUGAAUCCGAUAGUGCUGAUAGUGAAUCAACUGAUGGUGGUAGUGAUGAUGGUUCAGAAGAAUGGUCGAAAAAUGUGCAGAAACCUUUAAGAUGGGAUUUUGAUGACGGAACUGCGGGCAUAAAUAUGGAUAUGGUAAUGGAUUGCAAAGAACCUGUCGAUUACUAUAACUUAUUUAUGAACAACGAACUUAUCGAUUUUAUUGUGGAAGAAACUAAUCGUUAUGGACCAACAAAGGAUUCAAACUAUUUGCCGACAAAUAAUAUGGAAAUGCGAAAAUUUAUGGCUAUCAUUUUGCAAAUGGGAUAUGUUGUUCUGCCUAAACUCGAUGAUUAUUGGUCCUCUGACCCUGCUAUUGGCGGUAAAGCAAUAUGUGGAGGUGUAAUGACAAGGAAAAGAUUUUAUUCUUUGAUGAGAUCCCUCCACUUCGCUGACAAUGACAACAAUAAUGGAUCAAAAUUAUAUAAAAUAGAAAAAUUUGUCAACUUGUUCAUUGCCAGAUGUCAACACUUACUGGUUCCAGGCAGAGAUAUAUGCAUUGAAGAAAGCAUGAUACCCUUUCGCGGCAGACUUCGAUUUCGUAUGUAUAUUCCUAGUAAAAGGCAUAAAUAUGGCAUCAAAAUCUUUAAAUUGUGUAGCAACAACGGAUACACUUAUAAUUUAUCAAUUUAUGCCGGUAAAGAGGACCAGCCAAGAUAUGGUUCUGUGGCAGAACGUGUAGUUUUAAAACUAAUGGAAAACCUUCUUGGACAUGGCAGAAUUCUGUAUACAGAUAACUGGUAUACAAGUAUGAAUUUGGCGAAAUCUUUAUUGGAAAACAAGACAAACUUAGUUGGGACGGCCAGAAAAAAUAGAAUUGGAUUUCCAAAACACGUAACUUCUCUGAAAUUGAAGAAAGGUGAUUAUGUUGCAGAACAAAAUGGUGAUGGUAUUAUGAUUUUAAAAUGGAAAGAUAAAAGAGAAGUUAUAAUGCUUUCAUCUAUUCACGAUGGUAGCAUUACGGAGAGAGGAAAACCUGCUGUUAUCGUAGAUUACAAUAAAGGGAAAUCGUUUAACGGUCUAUCUGACCAAUUGGGCUCUUAUUGUCCAUACGUACGUAAAACAAUGAAAUGGUACCUCAGAAUCUUUUUUCAUAUAAUUACUCAAGGAGAAGGAACUAUUCGAAAACGACGUUGUACUGAAUGCUACAACAAAUUAUCAAAAGAAUUUGGUGCCACAAUUGCCAGGAAUCGUGCUAGUCAAAUUAAGACAAGAUACAUACUCCAGGUUGAGAUGAUAAAUGUUCUAAAUGAGACUAAUGAUUCUUUAAAUAGUAGUUUUCUUGAAAAAAUAUCUGACUUUACAGUAGAAAAGUUAGUUAAUGAUUGUGAGGCUGUUGAGAAAAAAGUUAGAGAAAAUAUAAAAAUUGCUCAAGAAAAGCAGUGUAAGCAACAUAUGAAAAAAGUUGCAAAAAAGGGUGUAAAGACAUUUACAUUUAAAAAUAAAUGA